GCCGGUCCGCGUCAGCGGCCACCGCGCUCCCUCACCGGCCCGCCGGCUGGCGCCGGUUGUGCCCUCCCCGCCCCUUCCUCCCCUGUCUUCCCCUCACCCCCCCGCCCGCCCGGCCCCUCUCCCGCCGGCCGAGCCCCGCAGCGCCGCCGCCGCCGGGGUGUGAGCGGGGCCCGGCGCCGUGCCGGGCCGUCCCUCGCCGGCGGGGCCAUGGCCGCGAGCGCCAAGCGGAAGCAGGAGGAGAAGCACCUGAAGCUGCUGCGGGAGAUGAGCAGCCUCCCGCCCAACCGCAAGUGCUUCGACUGCGACCAGCGGGGCCCCACCUACACCGACAUGACCGUGGGCAGCUUCGUGUGCACCUCCUGCUCCGGCAUCCUGCGGGGCUUGAAUCCACCCCACAGAGUGAAGUCGAUUUCAAUGACUACGUUCACACAACAGGAAAUAGAAUUUCUGCAGAAACAUGGAAAUGAAGUGUGCAAACAGAUUUGGCUAGGCCUAUUUGAUGAUAGAUCAUCAGCAAUUCCAGACUUCAGGGAUCCACAGAAAGUAAAGGAGUUUCUACAGGAAAAAUAUGAAAAGAAAAGAUGGUAUGUUCCUCCAGAGCAAGCAAAGGUGGUGGCAUCAGUCCAUGCAUCCAUAUCGGGCUCUUCUGCCAGUAGUACAAGCAGCACACCUGAGGUGAAGCCACUCAAAUCUCUCUUGGGAGAAGCUGCACCCGCACUGCACUUAAACAAGGGCACACCUAGCCAAUCUCCUGUUGUAGUUCGAUCUCAAGGACAGCAGCAGCAAGAAAAGAAACAAUUUGACCUCCUCAGUGACCUUGGCUCAGAUAUCUUUGCUGCUGCCCCUCCUCAGUCAACUGCUACAGCGAAUUUUGCUAAUUUUGCACACUUCAACAGUCAUACAGCGCAGAACUCUGCCAAUGCAGGUUUUGCAAACUUUGAUGCAUUUGGACAGUCUAGUGGCUCGAGUAAUUUUGGAGGUUUCCCCACAGCAAGUCAGUCUCCUUUUCAGCCCCAAAAUACAGCGUUCAGAACGCUUUCAUCUAGCUGCAGUUUUGGUGAAUUUACUUCAGCUUUUCCUCUCCAGGCUGUACACAGUGGAAGUGCUGGAUCAGUGAAUGCUAAUUUUGCUCACUUUGAUAACUUCCCCAAAUCCUCCAGUGCUGAUUUUGGAUCCUUCAAUGCUUCUCAGAGCAACGCCACAGCAACUGCAGCCAGUAAAGCUGCAGUGAAUAAACUGAAUCUUCAGUCAGCUGACAAAUAUGCAGCUCUUGCUAACUUAGAUAAUAUCUUCAGUGCAGGGCAAGGUGGGAGUGAGCAGGGAAGUGGCUUCAGCACAGCAGUGUCCUCAGCAGGCCCUGCCUUGUCAGCCCCCAACCAGUCAAGUGCAUCUUCGGACAAGUACGCGGCGCUGGCGGAGCUGGACAGCGUGUUCAGCUCCACGGCCACCUCCAGCAACGCGUACACGGCCACCAGUAACGUCAGCAGCAAUGCUUUUGGAACAGUACCUGUAGCUGCUACUGCACAGACACAGCCUGCAUCUUCAAGUGUGCCUGCUCCAUUUGGAGCAACACCUUCCACAAAUCCAUUUGUAGCUGCCCCUGUUGCCCCAGUGGCACCUUCAACAAAUCCAUUCCAGACCAAUAGCCGAGGAGCAACAGGCCUCUCGGGAGCAAUGCACUCUCACAUAUUUCCUCAGGCUCAUUUUGCAGCAACAUUUGGUACUGCAUCCAUGAGCAUGCCGGCAGGAUUUGGAACUCCUGCCUCCUACAGUCUUCCUACUAGUUAUAGUGGCAACUUCCAGCAGCCCACGUUCCCAACCCAGGCAGCUUUCCCUCAACAGACUGCUUUUGCUCAGCAGCCCAAUGGAGCAGGUUUUGCUACAUUUGGGCAAGCAAAGCCUGUAGUAACUCCUUUUGGACAAGUUGCAGCUGUUGGAGUAUCUAGUAACCCUUUUAUGGCUGGUGCACCAACAGGACAAUUUCCAACAGGAAGCUCAUCAACCAAUCCUUUCUUAUAGCCUUAUAGACACUUUACCCAAAAGAACUCUUAUGUGGUCACAUAACAUCUCUGCGCCUCUUGCACUGUUGUCUUGUUUCACUGAUAUUAGCUUUAAACACAAAAGAAGUCUUUAAGAAGUAAAAAUAAAAGCCUGCAUUGUGUACCUUUAAAAAGUUUCAAAAAGAAAAAAAAAACCCCACCCGACACAAAAAACAAGAAAACCAACCCCCACCAGGUAAUAA